GGGCCUCAGUCUCGUUGACAACACAUGAACACUUCCGCUCUCCGGCUCUGCUGCUCUCCCUGGCUCGGAUUUGCCCAGCGGUGCCGCGGUGCAUGCCGGGCUGGAGGCGGACAGCUGUCUUCAGUUUGUGGAGGACCGACGUCAGUGUUUGUGCUGCUCUGGGGGAAGAUGGCGGAGGCUGCGGCUGUUUCACCGCAUCGGUUUUUCUGUCACUGUUGUAAGGGAGAAGUGAACCCCAAACUCCCGGAGUACAUCUGUCCAAGAUGCGAUUCAGGGUUCAUAGAGGAAGUAACAGAAGACUCCAGUCUCCUAGAGGGUGGCGCUAAUGGCAUAGAUGACACAGCCACACAGUUUGCAGAGUUAUGGCACCUGUUGUUACUGGAGCGGCCAUUUACAACAGACAGCGACACACCUGACUCGGAACCUCGGCUCCCUGGAGGUCGCUUGGGGAGUCUCAGUGACCUGGGGGGGUUGGGAGGGGGACCAAUCGGGGGGUCAGUCCCAGCAGGCCUAGGAGGACCUAUGGGGGGUCUACUAGGAGCUGGGGAACACUGGGGACCAGGACGUCCCCCUCGCCUGCACAGCCAGAGGAGAUACCGGUCCAGAGGCAGCAGUAGACCAGACCGCUCACCUGCUGUGGAGGGGAUUGUACAACAGUUUCUCGCCGGCCUCUUUGCUAACUCUGGAGUCCCUGGUUCACCUCCCCUCUCAUGGACGGGGAUGCUGCACUCUAACCCAGGGGAUUACGCAUGGGGACAGGGAGGGUUAGACGCUGUGAUAACACAGUUACUAGGUCAGUUAGAGAACACAGGACCUCCUCCAGCAGAGAAAGAGAAGAUCUCUUCUCUCCCAACUGUCAAUAUCUCUCAGGAACAAGCAGACUGCUGUAUGGAAUGUCCGGUGUGCAAAGAGGACUUUGCAGUGGGGGAGCCAGUCAGACAGCUACCCUGUAACCACUUCUUUCAUUCAGACUGUAUAGUACCAUGGCUGGAAAUGCAUGACACAUGUCCAGUGUGUAGGAAGAGUUUGAACGGAGAAGACAGCAGCAGCCAGCCCCCAUCAGAGUCCCCCUCCCUCUCCAUGGACCCCCGCACACAGGAGAGAUGGUCCUUCUGAGGCACCCACCUGUCUCAUCCCUCGGUUCUCCUCGCCUACAUCCAACAACACACCGAGAAGACAAACUUCUCACUUUCCUCUUUUCAUCUCUGUUGCAGUCAUAAUCAUCUCAUUUUUUGUAUUUUUAUUUUCUAUUUUAAUGCCUUCUUCCUCAAACAUGUAUACAGAUACCCGUACAGACGUCUUAACGGUCACAUGAGGUCUGCUAGAUCUCUCUCUUCUGUUUUUUUUUUUUUUUUUGCCUAAUAACAAACCAGCCUAGAUUGAUGAUCAAGCCCAUGUCUUCAAUACUUCCACUCCACAAACUCCUUUUCCAUCUUUCUCGAAAUGCACUGCUGCAAUACACUAUUGUGGGGAAAUGCCAGACUUUAUAUCAUACACCAUGCCCUUUUUACUCAUUGGGAAAUUAGCUAAAUGCUGCAACUGAGCCCUGUAUGGCAUAUGGGAAUACUGAAGGGGUCACUAUCACUCUUGGCAUUUACAAGGACUGGACCCGCCAACACCUACAGCCCUGCAAUAAAUAUUAUGUUUAUGAAGGG